AUGAUCACAGGCAUCGUGUGUGCAACGCUUUUUUUCUUGGCUCUGCAUGAUGUGAUCGGAGACCACGGCGCAUGCUCUCCAUGGAUUUAUAACGUCCAAACUGAGAAAUGUUACAGAAAAUACUGCUUGAGCUACGACAGAAAGCUUGCCGAGUCACACUGCAACAUGGUGGGAGGACAUUUGGUGACCAUCUGCGACAAAGAAGAAAAUGAGUUCGUUGCGUCGGUGCAAAAUGCAACUUCAGAGCGUGGUACGAAGGAGAACCAAACAAUAGUGGAGGGAGACGACGAGACAGACGUUGAGAUAUUUACUGAUAUCGAACGUUACACUGUGUGGAACGAUAUCAAAUCAUACUAUAAACCCGCUUACUUCGUCUGUGAAAGAAAAAAUUGUCCAUUGGAAGACUCAGAUGGCUAA